AUGAGUUAUUCGAGCAGAAACUGCAUGGAAGCUAGUUUGGCUGGCAUUGAAGGCCAGACAAAUCAUGGUUCUAAAUCAAACUCCACCUUUCACUCUUGGAAUUCCAGGAAGAAAAGCUACUUCUCUGCUGGUAAUGGGGGUGUUGCAAUUGAUGGAGAAAGCAAGAGAAAACAGGCUGAAGAGUCCUUUCAGAGAGUGAUGUACUUGAAUUGCUGGACACAAGGUUGCUAG